UAGUGUUGUAUAAAACAAACGAAGAAUUAGUAUAAACAUGAUUGUGUUUGUAACAUUCAAGAAAUAACAGAACACGAUUCUUUCUGAUCCGUCCUUUUCUCCGUUGAUCACUAAUCCCUAAUUUCUACAUCCUUCAAUAAUACUUCGGAUUCUUCAGAAACAAAUGAAAAAUAGAAAGAGAAAAAUCGGAAACCCGAGGCUAAAUUGGACUCCAGAAGAAGAAAAGGCAUUCAGAGAAGGCGUAGCCAAACAUGGCGUCGGUAAAUGGAAAAUCAUCCUCGAUGAUCCUCAAUUCAGCCAUAUUCUCCGUUCUCGUUCCAACAUCGAUACCAAGGACAAAUGGAGGAAUAUGAUUCAUGCAACACCAAAGCCAAAGCGGACUAUUGAAGAUCAGAAAAUGUCGGAAGCAGAGACCGAGGCAGAGGCCGAUUCCGAGGUCAAGGUCCAGGCAGAGGCAGAGGCAGAGGCAGAGGCAGUGGCAGAGGACUAUGAAUCAGCACAAUUGGAAGCAGCUGAAAGAGUAGCCUUCUUGAUCGCUGAUGCAAAAAAUAAGGAACAAAGAGUAGCUGAGUCUUAUAAGAAUUUACAAAAGUUAAUAGAGAUGAAAGAAGAAACAGAUGCAAUUCUCAAAAUAGCUCAAGAGAUCUUUGACAAAACAAUACAUGACUAUAGUAACGGAGACUAAAGUAGUGCAUCAAUGAGCACUUUGUUUGACGUAUGAACCAAAUAUAACCUUUCAAAUUUUAAAUUAUAAUUUUUUAGGAAUUUAUUUAUUAUUUUUUUUGUUUGUUUACUUUAUUUUUUCACGUAUU